AUGGCUCACUAUGAGCAAGACCGGAGUGCACUUAAGCGGAAAGAAUGGGAGAGAAGAAACCAGGAAGUCCAGCAAGAUGAAGAUCUCUUUGCUUCAGGUUUUAACCUCUUUGGGGAACCCUACAAGACAAAUAAAGGUGAUGCCCUUGCAAACCGUGUCCAGAACACAUUGGGAAAUUACGAUGAGAUGAAGGACCUGUUAACCAACCAUUCCAACCAGAGCCACCUUGUAGGAAUCCCAAAGAAUUCUGUCCCACAGACACCCAUUGACAAAAAUGAACAGAAUUUUUUCCCAGAACCAAGAAACAGGAUGAUCCCAUCUCAUCAGAUCAGUGGCCACUCGUCGACAUCAAUGCCUCCGCCUUCUUCAUUGUCAUCUAAUUCUACUUUGCUACACAGUCACCAGAGCAGCAGGAAGUCGAGGACAGACUGGUCACGUGGUGGUCACAACUCUAGUGGGGCCCAGCCAAGCCAAUCCAGUAGUCAGCAGAGUCGGACAAAGCAUAGCUCUUCUCAUGAGCAGCCACAGGGCAGGUAUGAAGACCUCUAUAAUUGUCAGAGUGAGCAGCAUAAAAGCGGAGGAACUGAGGAAGCGAAUUCUAUGGCAGCAUCUUCACAUUCGAGGAGGCAUACUCAUUCAAAGUCAGCACCUGGAGAACAUACUUACAAAGAAAACAGUCAUUCGAAGUCACCCACGGAGCUUGAGUUUGUAGGUCAUGGUCCUGGAUCUCCACUCCCUUCCACUUCUUUGUUAUCUGCGAACAAUGGUCUUUCGACCCAGAAUUUCCCACCAGGACUUCACUGUAAAAACAGCAUGGUCCAGCAAAAGCCUACAGCAUACGUCAGGCCUAUGGACGGUCAGGACCAGGUACCCAAUGACUCACCUGAACUGAAACCUCCGAUAGAAAUUGAGAGUGGAUAUGGAAAUCAGUCCUUUGGAACACUGCUGGAAGGAAAGGUGAACACACCUAGUUCGAAGAACAAAGUACCAAAGCUCAACAUUCCUCCUGUCAGUGAAGUUACUCUUCCCAAUGACUCCAGCUGUGUGGAAGAAAUAUUACGGGAGAUGACCCAUUCCUGGCCUCCUCCUCUUACUGCUAUUCACACUCCUGGCAAGGCUGAGCAGACCAAGUUUUCUAUCCCAAGCAAGGACUCCCAACAUCUGACCUCAGGAUACAAUGUACAAAAGUGGAGUGAUCCAGCAGGGAAAGUUGCAACUAAAAUGCUUGAGGAUGAUCUGAAACUCAGCAGUGAUGAAGAUGACAAUGAACAGGGUGAUGAUGAUGGCAAUGUUAUUAACACCAUUAUCAGUGUGUCCCGUGAAGCCAGCCUGCCGGUGCCGGCGGCACAUGCAACUGGCUUGGCCCAUUCCAGCGGUGGCUCCGGGAGCUCCAGCGAGUCCGAGAGCAGCUCCGAGUCCGACUCCGACAGCGAGAGCAGCUCCAGUGACAGCGAGUGCAAUGAGGAGUCACGCAGUGCCACGCCAGAGCCUGAACCUCCCUCAACAAACAAAUGGCAGCUGGAUAAAUGGCUAAAUAAAGUGAACCCCCACAACAAGACCAUCAUCAACAAUCAAAAUGAGCCUCACAGCGAGCCCAGCUCCCAGGCCCAGAGCAACCAGCAGGCCGAAGGGCCAAACAAAGGGAAGCUCAACAGCAGCCUGCCCCCGACUGAUUCCAAAGACCGGGCGAUCCUUAGUCCCAUCCGAGAGAAAGCCAAACCGCGGGUUGCCCAGAAAACCCCAGAGGCAAAAAGCUCCAAGCAGAAGUCACCAGCUCAUAAUGAGCCCACUUCACAAAGGACUACUGGGAAAAAGCAACCCAAAAAGGUAGAAAGGACUUCCAGUGUAGAAGAGUAUAACUGGCCCAAACCAAAUAAUACCAGCAACACUCCCAAAGAAAAAGACACACAGGAACCCCCUGAGCAGCCAAAGGUUCGAACUAAAGCAGCAGUUGGGAAGACCGCUCCAAGGAAAGAACCACGAACUAGCACAGGUCUCACUUCAGAGAAGAAAAAGUACAGAGGCCCCAGCAAAAUUGUCCCUAAGUCCCGGGAAUUCAUUGAAACAGAUUCAUCUACUUCUGACUCAAAUACAGACCAGGAGGAGAGCUUGCAGGCUAAGGUGUUGCCAGCUUGCACUGGGUCUGGCAAUGGCGUCAAAGUGAAGGACUCUGGCAGUAACAUCCUCAGCGUAAGUAGUUUAACUAGCAAUGGCAGCAACACAUCCAUUGACCAGACCAGCAAUGACUUGGAGGAGCAGCUCUUUUCUCCUAUCCCAAUCGUACAAAAUGAACUUCUGUCCCCACUGAGAGAAUACGAAGAACUCAAAUCUCUGUGGGUGAAAAUAGACCUUAGUUUACUCUCUAGGAUACCUGGACAAGAGCCUUUUGAGACCACGUCUGUGAAAAGCGAACCGAGAGAGGCAAAUGUGAAACACAGGCGACCGUCUCGAGAGUCUCCUACCCCAGCAGCUGAAAAACCAUCCACAAAAUCCAAAAGGAAACACAAGCAGACAGAAAGCCUGGAUACCUUUGUUGAAAGCAAGAAGCAGCGCCUGGAGGACCCUUCAGCUUCAUGCCUGCUCCCACCUUGUAUCUCUCCGAUACCGAAUCACAGAUUAACCAGCACUAAAGACGGUAGCUCAGUGAAGAAGGUGGCAAAGAAAAGAGAAGAGAAGCUGUUUCCUCCUCCAUUAUCCCCCCUCUUGGAUGAGCCUGUGCACCGGCGGCACAGCAGUGACAACGGCUCCUUCAGCCAAGAGACCAACAUCACAAACACCUCUCAGACCAGCAGCUCUUCCUCCUCUGUUUCUAAACACAGAAAGAAUGAAAAUAAAUCCUCUUCUAACCCCAAAGGAAUCUGUGAGGAAGAAUCUCACAAUACACCAACAGCCAACACUCUUCUUGACACCAGCCACCUAGAAACAGACAUCUGGUCUGCAAUGCCAACACUUUCCAAUGGGAAUUCUGAGCCCAGAAGACCCAAAAUAACAUUUGAUGAUGUGCUUCACAAUGCGGAUUAUUACAUGCAAGAGGCUAAGAAGCUAAAGCAUAAAGCAGAUGCAUUGCUGGAGAAGUUUGGCAAAGCAGUGAAUUAUGCUGAUGCUGCCCUCUCCUUCAUCGAGUGCGGAAAUGCUAUGGAGCGAGAUCCAUUAGAAGCUAAAUCUCCAUACACCAUGUACUCAGAGACUGUGGAACUCAUCAGGUAUGCAAUGAGACUCAAGAAUUUCACAGGCUCUUCUGCCACGGAAGGGGACAAGAAAUUAGCAGUUUUAUGCUACCGAUGCUUAUCACUUCUCUACUUGAGAAUGUUUAAACUAAAGAAGGACCAUGCUAUGAAGUACUCCAGAUCUCUGAUGGAAUAUUUUAAGAACUCUUCAAAAGCCUCACAGGCCCCCUCACCUUGGGGCGGCAAUGGAAAGAGCACAGAAACACCAUCGCCCAUGUCCCUGAGCCCGUCCCCCGUCAGCUCUGCUGGAAGCAGCGCGGGCACCGCCGGCUCCUCCUCAGCGGGGACCAUCACCAUCCCUCAGCGCAUCCACCACAUGGCUGCCAGCCACGUCAACAUCACCAACAACGUCCUGCGGAGCUACGAGCAUUGGGACAUGGCUGACAAGCUGACUAAGGAGAACAAAGAAUUCUUUGUAGACCUGGACUCAGUGAUGGGACCCUUAACACAACACAGCAGUAUGACCAAUCUGGUUCGUUACGUUCGCCAAGGACUCCACUGGCUCCGCAUUGAGGCUCAUUUGUUGUAGUGACUGCUGCCCUGUUCAUAACAUCCCCAUUCUUCUACCUCUACCAGCGCAGAGACGAUCACUGGUGGAACUCCACUCAUUUCUGGAAGUUUAUUCAUGUAACUUCAUUUUUAUUGCCUUUUUUAAUAUCCUAUCUAUUGGAAGUAGAAGUCACCAUAAAUGGAACUUAUGACUCAAAGAGCAGUAUGUGUUGUACCAUCUAAUCAUUUUCGACAAUUUUCUAUGCCUUGUGUCUCCUGGAUCCUGCCAUCCUUAUGUGCUUUAUGGAACGGUACAUUCCCUGCAGUAUUGUUUUAAGUCCAUGCUGCCUUCAAGUGAAAACAAAAAAGCACUUUGAGAAGAUAUGGAUUCCUGAGAAAUAGUACAAAGCGUCUUAAAUAUUUGAGGGUAUAUAUGAGAAGUCCCUUCUGAAAUAAAUUAGUAGAAGUUAUAGCUAUUCAUUCAAAGUCGUCUUCUGAACCUGAACCAAGCUUUCUGACGCUUAAUUCUGGCAUCACUACCUGACACAGUACAUUCCUAAGAUUUCAUACUUCCUAUAGGCUUAAUCUCUAAAAGAGAACAUUGAAUAUCUUACAGGUACAUAAUGUAAGAUCACCAAAGGUGUUAAGAGGUAAAAGGUUGAAGGAAUGCCUCAUUAAAGAACGAUGACACACUAUGCAAUGAGGUUUUGAUAUUCCAUUCUUCCUGUUUAUUGUUGGCUUAAUAAUUUCAGUAGGCAGCAGAAUUUAUUGCAGGUUUUAGGCAAUUUCAAAAUACUAGCUUUCAUAGUCUUAUCUACCAUUCCUAUACUAAAUCUGUGAAUUUUCUUUCAGUUUUACUGUUUAGUCUCAAACAAAUACUCAUCCAAGAUUUUUCUUUAUAGAACAAUCUCUCCUUGCAUAGUGACUCAGUGAAAGCAGAUUUUAACAGGACCGCUACACUCUAAGCAUUGAUAUUGUAUGUAAAAGUCCAUUAAUAAGUGUAUGCAGAUUCUUCAUGAAACUCUCUAGAAGUUUAACUAACCAGCUACUGUUGAAACAUUAUAAUUCCAUGUGUCAUCAAUUUUCACCUGUUUUGUUCAUUUCAGAGCAUUAGAAACAAACAGUAUUAUCUUGCUAUCUUGAAAAGAAUGUCAAAUUAAAUAAAAUCACCAGAUUUACCCAAAAGCAAUAUAACAUUUGUUUAAUAAUGGCCAUGAAUACUUCAGUCAGAUUACCUAUUUUCCAAGCUCUGCAUCUGUUUACCCAUGCUGUCAUGUUUUGGACCAUUCCUCUAAUGCGUGAAUAAUAAUGAGACAAUUCAGAUAGAAUUUCAAAGCAAUUGUGAAUAAAUUACACCAUUUCACAUUUGCUCUUUCCUCUUCUUUUUUUCCCCUGUUAUAAACUGCACUGCUCUUCUGGUGCCACUGCAAGAAGCGCUGGUGCAUGAAACAAAACAAAAUGAAUUUAUAUCAAUAAUUCACAAGACUUUAAGUGGUCUCAUCUCAUUCUUGAUAUAAUGCCUGCAUACCUUACUGAACUGUAAAUUCCAUUUCUAUAAACAGAAAAUGCUCAUAGCAAUGUAAAUAUUAUUCUGUCUCAUCUCAUUGAAAUAAUACAAUAUGUGUAUUAAAUGCCAUCCAGAUA